AUGAAGGUCAGUCGCCCAGAUUCUGACGAUCAGGUUUGUGGGUUCCGUUUCCCUCUCCCGCCUUUCCGAGAGACUAACCCUAAGGCCUGGUUUAACCAGCUAGAGUCCAUUUUUUCGUUACAUGGCGUUAACUCUGACAGCGUCAAAUUUCACUGCGUUGUCGCCGCGCUUCCCCCGCAAGUCGUCGAUGACCUCGACGACAUCUUGGAACUUCCGGAACAUCAGAAAAGUUACGAUGAGCUUAAGGCCGUCGUCUUAAAGCGAUUUGGCAUAUCAGACCAUGCUCGCGUCACGCAGCUUCUUAAUGAAACCGAGCUAGGGGAUCGAAAGCCUUCGCAGUUGCUGCACAAGAUGCAAGCUCUAGCUAAGCCUCUCGCUGUUGGCGACUCUUUCCUUAAAGAGAUGUGGCUUCGUUGCCUGCCACGUGACAUGCGCAAUCCCUUGUAUGCAAACGAUGCGCCUCUUCCUCAGCUCGCCGAUAUUGCCGACCGUAUUUGGGAAUCCAACGCCCAAAUAUCUCAGGUUCAGUCUACCUCCAGUACAGAGGUAGCAGAACUAAGAGCGCAAGUAUCCGCAUUGACCAACCGACUAGAGAAGCUAACACAAUCCGGAUCCAACCGCCGAAAUCGUCCCAGUAGUCGCAGUCCUCCUAGAUCACGUUCGAAAUCUCCCCCUAGGUCAAGCUAUUGCUGGUACCACGAGCGAUUUGGUCAUCAGGCCAGAUCGUGUCGCCCACCUUGUUCUUUCAAGCGCAACAUGCAGGGAAACGGGUAG